GUGUGUGUUCGUCUGCGAGGGGAAACGAGGCCAGGACCGCUCUGGCUGAGACGUCGCCGAGUGCGCACAGGAGGGCCACUGCUUUGUUGCUUCAUUCGACUCGGAUAGCUUCGUUCAAUUGACUCGGCCGUGACUCGAACGCUGGUGGCGAUCGUGAUGGAUAUUUAUCUGUGGUGAAUGUGGGAUUGUGAGAAUGGUUUGACUACGAUUACCUGAUUUCUCAACCUGUCAGUCUACGUGUCCACUGCGUUUCAACAGGCGAAUCAAAAAUGAGUCAGGAAACCAUGAGCAUGAGCAUGAGCCAAGAAGAGUCAUGGCAGAGUCAGCUGGUGAGUCCUGAGCAACGACUCUCCGCGCUCUUGAAGUCCAGCAGACUCGCUGACCUCACCAUUAACUUCCCAGGCCACGAGAGAUGUCUGCAGGCCCACCGGCUCGUCCUGGCCAUGACCUCCCCCGUCUUCGAGGCCAUGCUCUACGGGCCCCUGGCGGAGGGCGAGGAGCUCAACCUUCACGAGGACCCGCCCGAGGCCUUCGAGUGGCUCCUGGAGUACAUGUACCGCGGGCACAUCCAGAUGCCCGAGGUUCGUCUGGCGGUGCAGGUGUACCAGCUGGCGAGCAAGUACCAGGUGGAGGCGCUGAUGGUGCUGUGCUCGAAGUACCUUCAAGAGACUCUGAGGCCAGAGAACUUAGCAGAGAUGUACGACACGGCAGUUCUGCUGGAGGAUGAGCACCUGCUUCAGCGCUGCUAUGAGGUAGUGGACCUAUACCCGACGGCCGUGCUCUCCUCCCCCAGCUUCGGUCUCCUGAGCCGCGGGGCGCUCCGGCACCUCCUACAGCGUCCUCUUCACAUCCCCACUGAGGUGAUCCUCCUAAAGGCUCUUCUGGCAUGUUCUUCCGGUGCUGCCCCUUCCGUUUGCCAGAUUGCCAAGCAUUAUAGACGCGUUUUGCAAGAGCAGCAUGCAACACGCUCCACUCUUUGGUUUUAUGCUUCGUGUAUGAUCGAUACGGAUUUUCCACGCUUAUUCUGUUCAUUAAAAUGGGGUCAGGCGCGAAGGUCGACGAAAGGCCUCCGCGACGAGAUCAGUGACUUCCUGCCGAUGGUGCGCUUCCUCUCCAUGACGACGGACGAGUUCGUGGAGCACGUGAUGCCCUCGGGCGUGCUCAGCCUCCAGGAAAUCAGCUCCAUUUUAAUGAACAUCAAAGAGCUCAUGGACGUGCCGCUGCCCACCAUUUGCUGCCCGACGAGGGACAAGCGCCUGUGCUACGUGGACAGCCUCCUGCGCCGCCUCACCCUCAGCACGACGCCCGCCCUCGCCCGCUCGCGCAAGAGCGCCCGCGGCAGCAUCUUCGUCCACAACUCGCAGGAGCAGAUCCUGAUCAUGAACCUGCGCACCAGCAACACGCUGCUCGUGAGCAAGCUGGAGUGCAAGGGCAUCCACCCGACCGCGGGCUCGGCGGCCGUCGCCAUCAAGGACCACAACGGCUGCGUGAUCGGGAGCGCGACCAGCGAGGGCCCGGUGGUGGAGUUCGAGGAGCACGUGUCGCUCCAGCCGGACGUGAGCCACUGCGUGACCGUGCGGCUGGAGGGCCACUGGCCGCGGGGGGAGAUGGGGGACUUCGUCGCCACCACAGAAGGCGUGGAAAUAGAAGGGAAGAUCGCCUACACGGAGGGGAGGAUUGGGUCCGUCACGCUGCACUUCUGGUGUUUCAACUGAACUGCACUUUUGAACAAGAAUUAGUAUACUUUGUACAUUCUGUAUAUAUGAAAUGCGCACAUUUCAUGUACUCCUCAGGACAUUGCCAAGCUUAAGAAAAGUCACAGUGAGCAUGUUGCCCAGCAUUGCAAAAUAUUUUUUUAUUCAGUUUUGUGCAUUACUUGUUAAAUCAUAGUCGCCAUCAAUACUUAUAGCAACGAAUCAACGUCUACUAGCUUAUGAAUGCGUUGCAACAUAAUCAAAACAAAAUGUGAUCGAAUUAUGAAAUAUACGCUUAAACCGCCGUCCAAAACGCCAUUGUUCGCUUUGCUUCUUUGUUCCUCGGACAUGUACUUUUAUGCAAGUUGCAAGACUGGUAAUCAGACCUAUGUAUUAGCUAAUAUUUGUCCAUUUUCUACAGUCUGUAUACGUAAGUUCUCUUCCAACAUGUGUGUGUGUGAUUUCCCUGCAUCAUUCUGAUUUUCCUAAAAGAGAAUAAGCAUACUGGGUAAUUCUGAUGACUCUCAUGUACAAGUUUAACUUUUUUCAUGUACAGUAUGUAUAUGUACAUUUAUGCCAUAUGCACAC